UCGAGUGGUUAGUUACGUGUUGCAUUCAGGAUAACGAACACCUCUGCUGCUGCGAAUUUCCACCUUAAUAACGCCUCACAAAAAAAAACAUACAUUUUACUUUCAUCAUCCUCAGUUAUCAGCAAACCAAGUGCCACAUUUGACUCGAAAAAGUACCAAUGUUAUUACAACAACUUACGACUGUUGUGGUCAAAGAGGUCAAGUUUUAUCAGUGAGACGAGGCAAAGACUUUCUUUUUCGGAAACGCAACAAGUGGGAGGAACUGAGAGGAAUUGACGUGACGCUUGCUCUAAAAUGGUGGGAUCAUCAGCGUUCGUUCACAGCUCACGGGAUAAAUUUGCGAAUAAAAUGAAGGUGGAGGAGCAAAUGGUGCCAUCGGGAGGAGGUUUCAGCCCUCAACCCGACAACAGCAAUGGACCAAGUUUUGGCAAUUAUUCAAACUAUGACACAUCAUCUUCUUCUGUGACACCAUUUGAUGUUUGCACGUAUGGAAAUUUGGCCGACACAUUUGACCUCUCUUUGUUGGGAGAUUCGUAUGACGACGGGGACAUGGCGACCGUACCGUCACCCAUGGCUUUGGGUUUGGAGGCUUCCUGGACGUCCUUCUAUGCUCCCAGUCCUUCAUCCGAACUCCGGGCGUUCUCUCCGGACUGCUUGAAACCGUCGUUUUCAAGCAAUCGAGACCAGAUGACUCCUGCUGCGGCAAGCAAUAAUCCAAUGCUGCCAAGUGGAAUCAUGUGCAGCAGCAAUAACAACAAUGGGAUUUCCACACUUUCACCUUCCAAUGACGUCGGUCAAAAUGAGCGUAACGCGUUGUUGCGACACUAUCUUGAAGACACCACAUUCCAAAGCAAGUUCCUCCCCACCAUCACUGUGAACGAUGAUGACUUGGAUGCAAUCAUGAAAUCCAAUUCAGCUGCGGAUCUCCAGUCAGGAAAUCGGUCAAUGGAAUUGGACCCCGUCUUCAGCCUGGCCUAUGAGCAAAUGCGAUCUGAUGUUCAACACACAUGCAACACUUUAUCCAUCUCACAAGACCCCACCCAGUGGUCCGUUGCAGAUGUGCAAUCUUGGUUGGUUUAUAGCCUACGAUCCAUGGAAAGCAGUCCCACUAGUGAGUCUAGUGUGUGUGCUGCCCUUCGAAAUUUUUGGAACAUGGAUGGACGCACUUUGUGCUCCUUAUCAGAGGAAGAAUUUCGACUUCGAGAUUCCGUCAAUGGCGACAAACUCUUUGCGAGUUUGGAACUGUGGAAGAUUCUUCAAUGGAAUGGAAACAACGCCAGCAACAACAACAUGGUUAUGAACCACAACAUGCUUCACAGUCCUCGCCAUGAAUUUGAUUUGACUUCAAUUGUUGGAGUCACGGGGAGAGGAAGUCAUCACCAGCAUCACUUGUCUGGAGGAUCAUCACCAGCCUCGGUAUGUCCAGACAUGAUGGAUGACAUCAAGUUGUUUCCGGAAAAGACCGUCUCACAUGAAAAUUAUUUGCCUUCAAACGCUUCCAAUCCAUCAUCUGUGGGAACGGUGUCAAAACACAGUGAUGACGACGAUUCGGAAGAAGACGAAGAAAAGUCGGCAACAGCGAUGACCGGGAACAACAGCAAGACGGCGUUAAAACUUCGGCCCCAUGGAUCCAAAAGCGGUGCACAUAUUCAUUUGUGGCAGUUUUUGAAAGAACUUCUUCUCGAGUCGGGACAACAACACGGCUCUUGUAUUCGUUGGCUGGAUCAAAGUCGAGGCGUUUUCAAAAUUGAAGACAGCGUUCGAGUCGCCCGUUUGUGGGGACUUCGAAAAAAUCGACCAGCCAUGAAUUACGACAAGCUCUCCAGGUCCAUUCGGCAGUACUACCGGAAGGGAAUUAUGCGGAAGACGGAACGAUCUCAACGACUCGUUUACCAAUUUUGCCACCCGUACGGUUGUUAAGAUCCUCUAGUAGGAUCGUCCUUUCAGAAACAAUGUUGCUAAAUUUUGUUAGCGUGAAAAUCGUUACUGCAGUUUUAUGCAGUCCUCUUUGUACAGCAUUGCCUCAAACAUUUUCAGAGCUUGUGAGGAAGUUCCUCCAACUCGGUUAGUGUUUGGCGAUAAAUUUUUAAAACACUUUAUCACAGCGGAGUUCACAUGUGUGGCUUCACUAAUUACAAAAUAACUUGAACUUAUAGUUUAAAAAAACAACAACGAUGCUUGCAAACGCUAAUAAUAUGCAGUAUAUUAUUACUCCGUUUGCCUGCCUCGGUCUUAUUCUUUAUGUCGUAAUUUGUAUUCAUAAACUUACUAAAUCUUAAUAUUAUGGGUUACUGGGAUUUUAAAAACGAUAACUAGUUAAUUAUAAUUUGAGGUUACUUGCGUUAACGGUCUCUUGUAUGUAACAAACAAUUGCAAAUAGUACAAUCUCUCAUAACUACUUUGUCAUUCAACAAGUUAUUUCAUACGAAACUGAAAACGUGGAUUUAUUCCAAUGUGUUUUCAAGUUUCGAAUGGAAAUCUCAGUAUGUCCGAUUUCGGACGCCGGACGAAACAUAUUUUAUCAUUCAUUUAUCACUCGUACUGUACAAAAAAUAUAUUGCGAAAUAAAAAUUUAAGUGCAUUAUACUCAA